AUGCUUUCAUCUCGGAUCUUGUUAUACUUCGACUUCGACGAGCAUGAGGCCGCACGGCCGUCUCCAGUAAGUACACCGCGCGGCGUCCGCAAUCGCGCACAUAGCAAAAUUCAAGUCGCGGAACGGGUGCCGUUCCUGCUCCGGUUCUCAGCGGCGAAGAUUUGGGUGCGCUAG